AUGUCGCUCUUCGCGGCGUUCAGUGAGUGGCUGGAACAGCUGGACCGGACCAGGAACCAACGCCUCUCUAUCCUCCAGGUCUACUCCACCACGAUGCGAUCGGUGGAGAGAGAGCUACAAGCCGCCAAAUUGCUAGUCCUAGAGUCGAAGCAUGCGGCCAUCAGGUCGAUGGAAGAGAGGUGCUUGAGGCUCGAGCGGAGCCUGGCUUCGCAGAGCUUGAAGAUCUCGACUCUCGAAUCUAAGAUUGCCGCUCUCGAUGCCGAGUACGACAACAAUGAGUUGAAGUGCGAGAUGGAGGAGCUUGAGGAGGCGGAGAAGGAGAAUGACGGAUUCUACCGAGCGUAG